AGGGAGGCUCACUUUUACUUCUGUAAACUGACCAUUAAAGACUCAUUCACAAAAACACUGAGACCUCAAACUGAACCAAAAACACCCCCAAAAAAAGAAGUUUUAUUCCUUUUUGACUGCCACAAGAAGAGGAGCUGACUGGCACAUUAUUAUUUUAUUUUUUUUGGAUACAGUGUUGUGGUGGGAUUAUAAAGGGCUUUGACAUGGAGCACAGACCAGUUUUAGGCCACCAGAAUAAAAACUAUGGAGCUGCCAAUCCUGGAUUUAUACCAGCAGCAGCAGGGGGACCUGCAAUGUAUGCCCCACCCACCGUUGACUUCCUCGGCCCCAGCGCUCCUCCGGCCAGCAUGUUCGACAACAUGCCUGGAUAUGAAGGCACCAUGGCGGGGGGAGGAGGUGGAUAUCUGCCCCCUCCGAUGCCGGCCUUCCCAGCUCCCCAGCCUCAACCUGGACCUGAACAGCCACAUUGGAAUAUCCCAUCUAUAAGUGAAGAAACUGCUCGGGAGGCGUUCGCCCUGUUUGCCUCCAGCAAGUGCUGCUACAGUGGAGCACCAGUAAAGGAAGGAGUCAUCACCAGCAUGGGAGCAUUCAAUACGUACAGGUACCGCCUGGAAACCUUCACUGAAUCCAGAUCUACAGAGUGGAGUCAUGAGCCGUACCAUGGCCAGCCAGUGGACGCCUUUGCCCAACCGCCUCCAGGUCCCUGGGACAUUCCCGCUAAAGCCCCCAGUUUCUUUGUGGAUGACAAACAGGUUAUGAAGGUUCCCUACACGUCGUCCAUGAAGGCCUGCCACGUUUGUUUGGGAAUGGGGCGAAAACCUUGCAAAGACUGCGCCGGUGCUGGUAAUAAAGUCUGUUGGGUGUGCAAUGGGUCCGGUUAUCGCCACGGAGACGAUCGAUGCCACCACUGCAGCGGCAGAGGGAGGGAGAAUUGCACCCUCUGUCAAGGUCAAGGAGCCCGGCAGUGUGACACCUGUCAUGGAAAACAACAGCUUCUGGUCUACAUCCGCCUCACUGUGACAUGGGCCAACAACUCUGAUAACUAUGUUGUGGAACAGUCGAGUGGACUGCAGCUGGACAACCUGAGCAAAGUGUCCGGCAAGGAGCUUUUCAGGGACUCUCAGUACAUGAUUUACCCAGUGAUGGGCUUCCCAGACCCCGUAGUGGUGAAUGCUGCAGAGCGCCUCAUCGGUGAACACCAGGGAAAGUAUUCAAGGACAUCACGCAUCCUGCAACAGCGUCAAACCAUAGAGCUGAUCCCCGUCACCAAGGUGACCUACUCGUGGAAAGGGAAAUCUCACAUUUACUUUGUUUACGGGAAUGAGUUCAAAGUAAAUGCAGAUAACUACCCUGCUACCUGUUGUUGCACUGUAAUGUAAAUGGCAACGUCUGUGUUUGAAGGUUUUCUUCCUUUCCACAUGAUUAGAUAUAUCGAAAGAAGUUUUAUAUGCAAGUCAGUUCUACUGAUUAAUCAGGAGUUCCCUGACAUGUUCAGUUUGAGUCAAACAACUGCAUUUAAAACACUAUCAAGGCCUCGCAAGUUACCAGAACUGAUGAUGCAUCUUAAAUCAGCGUCCUUCGGGGCGACACAGAACGUCUAUUUACCUUUGACUAACCACUGUGCGAUAAUGAAUGUUUGAGAAAUCAUAUGUAUUGUUACGUGCCAUCUGUAUGCAUGCACCAAAGAAAAAAUAAUAGUUUACAUUACAUUACAUUACAGUCAUUUAGCAGACGCUUUUACUUAGUUUACUGACACAAUAUAAACCAUAAUCACACUUUAUUCACUAAAUCCUGAACCAUUUAACUCUACUAUGGCAGCAGUGAUUUUUUUUUUUUUAACAUCAGAUACAAAAACGAUUCCAUAUUAUCCUUUGACAGCAGUGCCUUUUUUAAUGUUAGUAAUAUGUAUUUGAGAAUUUAUUAAAAAAAAUUAUGUGAAUGUAAAAAAUUGUUAAAUGUGUAUAAUCAUGUAAUAUUUCAUUUCGAACAAUUUAUAAC